AUGGCAAGCCCACUCGGUAUUCCACUCCCUCCUUCGGAAUGGAAACGGCAAAACCCACCUAAAGGACCAAACUUUGAUUGGGAGAUGUACCGUUAUGUUCCUUCUCUAGCUGGAGCCAUCGUAUGCCUCGUUGUCUUUCUCGUAAUGGCUUUUCUGCACUUGUAUCAGUACCUCAGGUCUAGGAAUAGGAUCAUCAUCUUCGUGGUUAUCGGCGCGCUCUGCGAGGUGGGUGGCUAUGGCGCGCGUAUCGCAUCGCACUUCGACAACGAUGCCUGGCCCCAGUACAUCACCCAAGGUGUACUGACACUCGUCGGUCCUCUAUGGUUUGCUGCAACCAUAUACAUGAUGCUUGGCCGUACGAUCAGACUUGCUGGUGGAGAAGAUGUGAGUCUGAUCCCAGCGAGGUGGUACACAAGGAUCUUCGUCACCGCGGACGUCACGACCUUGAUCAUUCAGGGCCUAGGUACGUCCAUCAUGGGUACGAUGCAACUCGCCCUCGCCCUCGCUGGAGAAAAAAUCGUAAUUGCCGGUCUCGCACUCCAAGUCGCUACCUUUGUUGUCUUCCUCAUCGCCUCAUUCGAUUUCCAAAUCCGUAUGAACAAGAAAGCCGAUCAUGCAUCUGCAGACUGGAAGAAGAUGCUUUACAUACUUUAUAGUGUCAGCGCAUUGAUUCUCUUCCGCUGUACAUUCAGACUCAUCGAGUAUGCGAUGGGUAACGCUGCUUACUUGAUCGCUCACGAGUGGACGCUGUAUUGCUUCGACGCUGUGCCAAUGGUCCUAGUCCUGGUGAUGCUGCUGGUUUUGCAGCCAAGUCGAUAUGUUGAAGGGAACCUGAGGAUGGCACAAGCGGACAGCGAUGGUGAGACGGCUGUCAUAGAGAGAAAAUGAGGGUUCUUCAGUGUGCUUGAUCUGUAGUUUUAGCGUGCGUUGAGCGGCUGUCCUGUACUUCUUUAUAUAUCCCAAUCUCCAAUAUGAUUUCCAUGUUAAUUCCUUCAAUCAGCAUGUGAUAUGGUUGUCGCCUGGGCGCAGAUGUACUGUGAGCUGAUAAAAACGAGCGUAACGCACGGCUGUGGUCGCGCAUACCCUGUAACCUCACAAGACUGCAUAUGCGCCCCAUAUACUAUCCAAUGUUGCGUGACCAAAGGCAUAUCAUAUACGAAAGCCCACGUACCUUUGCCAUGAUGGUAUGACUACCCAGACAGACCUUAGGCCCCCCACUAAGCGGCACU